GAGGAGUCUUCUGGACUGGAGACAGUCAUGGCAUGGAUGUGCUUUGUGGGCUAAAUUGACUGCCCCAACCAUGCCCUCUGGAAACAAGAGAAGACUCAGGCACUCCAGCACUGUCUUGAGUGUGUGGAUUCUUUUCACCUAUGUAACGGUUGCAGGAGCAGUGAAGGUAUCAGUGGUGGCUGACAGCAUCCAAGUGGUGCAAGGAGGAAGCGUCCUCUUGCCAUGUUACUUCCACACCACGGCACCUCUGAACCGCCUCAACAUUAUCUGGACAGUUGUCCCAGCAGCAGACCCCAACCACCCACAACAAGUACUUGCUUAUGAGCAGGGAGAAGUAGUGGAGAGCGUCUCCCGCUAUACCGGCCGAGUGAGCUUUGCCUUCUCGCCGACCCAGAGUGCCACCAUCGUCCUGAAUGACACACGCAGCUCAGACAGCGGCACUUACCAAUGCAGCGUGAUGAACCCGCCAGAUACCACCAUGCCCAACAUUGGGGUCAUCCAGCUCACAGUGUUUGUGCCACCAUCUAACCCUAGAUGUUCCAGCGAGGGCAGUGGGGAUGAGGGAGGCACUCUUCAGUUCUCGUGCACAGUGGAUGAAGGAACGCCCAUACCUACUUUUGCUUGGGAGAAAAUCCCACCCACCACGCAGCCGUUGGUGACCAGUUAUGAAGAUGACUACCACAUCCUCCUGACCUUCCACAACCUAACGACAGAGGCCUCUGGUCUUUACUGUUGCACAGUCUCCAAUAUGCUGGGCUCGGUCUCCUGCUCCUUGGAGCUGCGGGUACAUGUCGCCCCCCGUAGCAGCACCUCCCUGGUGGUGGGGAUCACCCUCAUGCUCAUCAUGGGCCUUGUUCUGCUGACCCUCUUUGCUCUGGUCCUGUGGCUGCAUCAUCACAGCAGGAACAAGUGGGAGGAGGAUGACUCGUACAAUGAGAUCAGACUUGACAAUCUCUCAUUUGGACGGUUGAUUGUUUCCAAGAGUCCCCCUGGGGACAUUUCUAUAUCCAGCCCUACAACCCAGCCUCUCUGGAUCUUCACAAGCUCCACUCCCAACACCACUUAUGCCCAUCGGGAACGGAGACUCCAGCCUGGGACUGCGAGCCGGGUCAUGCUUCCAGGAGGGCUAAGAGAGCCCACAUUAGCACACCAGGGAAGGCAAAUAAGCAACAGCCUUUCUGAGCAUCACACAUCCUCAUCUGGAAGCGAGGAAGAGAAGCAACCCUUGCCCAGCCCUUCCCAGACGCCCACAGGAUUCCUGGUGUAGUAGCAGCCACAAAACCUCCAUGUGUGAACAGAAGCAUUUAAUCUGAGCCCGUAUAUGGAUUUGGGAGGCUGGAAUUUUUUUCCAGGAGAAUCCUGCCUGACAAUUCAACAUAUUUAAGGUGGCUCUGUGCUUUGUAAAGAAAAAUACACCAUUAACAUGGAACAUUUUGCUGAACACUGACUGCGGAAGUUGUUAAGGUUAGGAUUACAAACAUGAGAUAGUAGAAAGUUAUUUUGGGCAAGUGGCCCCCAAAAGUGAAUCUCCAGCAUCUUGUUAAAACAGAGGGCAAGCAGUUAGUGGGAAAGCCUCCCCAUGUCACUAGACUGAGAUAGUGACCCUGGACAGAUAAGCUGAUGAGCACAUAAUAGGGCAGCAGCAGAGAAUUUCCAAGAGGUCCCAGGUUUUAAUCCCUGGCAUCUGCAGUGGGACGCUCUCAACUAGAAGGCUCUCUCUCCCUGAGACCCACAGCCAAUUGAAGUGAGCUAGAAUGAACCAGCAGUCUGUUAAAAAAAAAAGUCUUCAUGUGAUAAGCUACUCACCCAAGAAUACUUAAAUAAAAAGUCUGUGGUAUCUCCAUGCAAAAAGAAAUCCAUUUUCUUUAUAUUAUUUCGAGCUACGCCUCUGCUAUCCUUAAAAGCCAGAUAGCUUCUGGAAGAGAAUGCGUAAGAAAUCUCCCCUUUGGUGAGCAUGCAGGGAGAGAAGAGCCCAGCAAAAUAACCAAAUGGCUGAGGCCAUCCUUCCCACUCCCCAUGCCCAUGAUCUCUGCCCCCGUGAGCCAAACCAGGUCAACUUGCAGCCACGGAGGAGGAACAGAAUACCCGCAAAUGCUUUUCCGUUACAUUUUUUAAUUUAGAAAUUUAUGACUGCUUUUUUUUUUACAAAAAAAGAGAGAGAGGAAAAAGUGAAUCGACUACAUCAGUAUCCCAAAGUGCCUCCAAGACGAUAACAGCUUCUGCCUGCGGCACACUCACCUCCUUUUGCACUUGGCUUCCAUGGUUCGAGAUUGGAGUUAAUCAUCGGGCUGGGGCAGGCGAGUUCAGGUCAAGUAGGGGGAGAAGAGCUGUUCCUGGCACCAGCUCGGGUUCUCUGAGGAUGGGGAAGGCCCAACUUCCCCGUCAUGGCCUUACAGCAGGGAGGAUGGAAGUUUACAGGCAGAGAGCCCUGACUGCAGGGCUCUUCUGUGCUCCAAAGGGUUAAACCCGAGCUAGACUGGAAGAGAGGCCCAGAGAAAGCCAUAAAGCAGGCCCUGAGCUCACCUAUCAGGA